GUUUUUGACAAUAGUCCGGUAAAUAUGUUACAUUACACUGAAGAGCAGGGCCAGAUCAUCUUGUGUCCCGUUUCUCAACUCAGUAACUAUGUGAUUUCAUUUUGUGCGACCGGAUUCGACCAAUUUUCCACAUUUAAUUAAAAAAAAAAAGAAUUAACACAGCAAAGGUGGAGUUUUCGCACUUAUUUUGCUAGGAAUAUAGGAUCAUCAGGAUUAGGCGUUAGGUUCGAACGUGUUAUUAUUGAUUGUGUCCUAUUAUUUUUCUUUGCAAGCAUCCCCAUAUUUCAUGUAACUAUUAUUCAAUCAUACCAGGAAAUCUACUCCACAAUGGCCACUAAAACCAACGACGAUAUCGUUAUCACCGGUAUGUCUGGUCGUUUUCCAGAAUCUGAUUCCGUUGAACAAUUCAAGCAAAACCUCUUGAACGGAGUGGACAUGGUCACCGAAGACUCAAGAAGAUGGCCAGUAGGUUUACAUGGAUUACCAGGAAGAAAUGGGAAAUUGAACGAUUUAUCCAAGUUUGACGCAAUUUUUUUCGGCGUUCACGCCAAACAAGCUGAUCAAAUGGAUCCGCAAGGCAAAAUGUUAUUGGAAGCUGUCUAUGAAGCUAUUAUUGAUGCAGGAAAGUACCUACUCAUUCACAUUUUUCAAUAUUUGUACGUGUAUGUUCAUUAAAAUUUUACCAAACAUCCUUUGCUUCCAUCAAUUGACCGUUUUGUGUUUUUUUUUUUUUAGGAUUCAAUCCAAACGAUCUAAGAGGAUCAAGAACCGGCGUAUUUAUCGGUGUCUCAGAAACAGAAUCCCACGACUAUUUCUGUGCACAAGAACCCGAUGAAAUGACCGGCCACGGAGUGCUGAGUUGUGCUAAAGCCAUGCUACCAAACCGCAUUUCGUACAUUUUCGACUUCAAAGGCCCAAGUUACGCUAUGGACACUGCAUGCUCCAGUUCGCUUACCGCAUUGGAAAAUGCCGUGAAUCGUAUUAAGAGCGGCGAAAUUGAUGCUGCUAUUGUGGGUGGUAGUAAUUUGCUACUAAAACCUGCCUUGUCUUUGGAAUUUCAUAAGCUCGGUAUGCUUUCGCCACAAGGGAAAUGUAAUGCGUUUGAUGCAACGGGAGAUGGAUAUGUACGUUCUGAAGCUGUAGCCGUUGUGUUUCUGCAAAAAGCAAAUGUAGCAAGGAGGGUUUAUGCUACGAUUCUGGCUGCUAAGAUAAAUACGGAUGGAUAUAAGGAAGAAGGUAUCACCUUUCCAUCUGGCACCGUACAAAACCAACUAAUCAAAGACACCUUUGCCCAAAUCAACGUGCACCCAAAUGACGUUUUCUACGUAGAAGCUCAUGGAACAGGCACCAAAGCUGGCGACCCACAAGAAGCACAAUCUUUGGCGAACUUUUUUUGCCAAGACCGUCCAACACCGUUGCUUAUUGGUUCUGUAAAAUCGAAUAUGGGACACGCAGAAGCUGCUUCUGGAAUAGCUGCAUUAAUUAAAAUCCUAAUAGCUAUGGAUAGUGGUGUUAUCCCUGGCAAUUUACAUUUUGAAACUCCUAUUGAGAAUAUUCUUGCAUUGUCGAAUGGCAGGAUGAAGGUUUUAACUGAAAACACUUCCUGGAAUGGAGGGAUUAUGGCAAUGAAUUCUUUUGGGUUUGGAGGUGCUAAUGCUCACGUUGUUCUUCAAUCCAAUCCUAAACAAAAAAUAUUACCCUUAAACUCAACAUUGCUUCGAGUGGUAGGAGUUUCUGGACGUACUGAAAGUGCAGUGAAAUAUUUUCUUAAACAAGUACACCAACAUCGACAUGAUCAAGAGUUUUUAGCACUCGUUGAUGAAAUAAACUCCAAAAAUAUAAAUGGACACUAUUUUAGAGGCUACUCUUUGCUCAACCAGGAACCUAUUGUUGAAGUAAGUCAAAUUGGAGCAGAUAAACGCCCAAUAUGCUUUAUAUAUUCUGGCAUGGGGUCUCAAUGGCCAGAAAUGGCAAAGGAUUUAAUAAAAAUUCCGGUGUUUAAAGCUACAUUAGAGAAAUGCGCUAAAGUAAUGGAGCCAUAUGGAAUUGAUUUAAUGGAUAUGGUUGUCAAUGGUGGUGCUGAGACAUUCGAUGAUAUUCUAAACUCAUUUGUAGGCAUAAUGGCUAUGCAAAUUGCUUUAACUGAAAUACUAAGAACAGUUGGAAUUGAACCUGAUAUCAUCAUCGGACACUCUGCAGGAGAAACUACUUGUGCCUAUGCUGAUAGAACUCUUACAAUAGAACAAAGUAUGCUUGCAGCAUACUAUAGAGGUCGCACAGUCUUGGACAGUGACUUACAACCUGGCCUAAUGGCAGCUGUGGGAUUAACAUGGGAAGAAGCCAAGUCCAAAUGUCCACCAGAAAUUUAUCCAGCGUGUCAUAAUGGUAAAGAUUCAGUUACGAUUUCAGGACCCAAGGAAGCCAUGAUCAAGUUUAUAACUCAACUUCAAUCUGAAAAUAUAUUUGCGAAAGAAGUAAAUACUGGAGGUUUUGCCUUUCAUUGUAAGCACAUUGCUGGAGCAGGUCCAAGGUUACAAAGGGUCUUAGAUGCAGUUAUUCCAAAUCCGAAACCUAGAUCACAGAGAUGGAUAUCCUCAUCAUUUCCAGAAUCAUCCUGGAACACACCUUUAGCCCAAUACUCUAGUUCAGCAUAUCAAGUCAACAACUUGCUGUCACCUGUACUUUUUCAAGAAACUCUCGCUCAUAUUCCCGAAAACGCCAUCGCUAUUGAAAUAGCCCCUACAGGUCUACUACAAGCAAUUUUACGAAGAUCAUUAGCUCCAUCUGUCGUUAAUAUUCCUUUGAUGAAAAAAUUCCAUCACGACAACGUUGAAUUUUUUUUAAUGGCUUUAGGAAAAAUUUACAAUGCUGGUGCUCAACCGCAGUUGAAGAAGUUGUACGAUCCUGUUAGUUUUCCUGUAAGCAAUGGAACACCUAUGCUAAAUUCUCUAAUCGAAUGGGAUCAUUCAGUUGAAUGGACUGUGCCGAAUUUAGCUACACUUGAGUCAAAUCAAGGCUCAAUAAAGAUUGAUAUUAAUUUGGAUAAGGAGGCUGAUCAGUAUUUGAUGGGACAUACAAUUGGUGGUAGAAUACUAUAUCCUGCAGCUGGAUAUUUGAUGCUUGUAUGGAAAUGUUUAGCAAAGCUUAAUAAUAUAGACUACGAAAAAAUGCCAAUUCAGUUAAAGAAUGUACAGUUUCAUCGAGCUACAGUUUUAUCAAAAGAAAAUUCUGUUAAAUUGUCCAUUAAUAUAUUUGAAGGUACAGGGCAAUUUGAGAUAUGCGAAGGUGAUUCUGUUGUAGCUACAGGAACAGUCAGUGUUUUGGAACCUGGCGUUAUUAUAAAACAAGAAGAAAAUAAUAAUAAUAACGAUGGAGAAAUUACCCUUGAAUCAGCAGAUAUAUACAAAAUAUUCAGACUCAGAGGCUAUAAAUACACCAAUGAAUUUCAAGGUAUCAUUAAAUCUGAUAAAGAAUUUUUAAACGGUAAGCUCCAGUGGCAAGGAAACUGGGUUACUUUUAUCGAUACAAUGCUUCAAUUUUUAUUUCUAAGCAUAAACAGCACAGAGCUUCAUUUGCCAACACAAUUAGACAGCAUUAUCAUUAAGCCUCAAGAGCAUUUAUCCAUAAUUGAUAAAAGACAUGAAGUUGACAUCAAUAGAAAUCAAUAUCUACAAACAAUAAGAGCUGGAGGUAUUGAAAUUAGAGAUCUACAAAUUCGACUAGCUUCAGAAAAGGUACAAGCUCAAUUGCCAAAAUUGGAAAAGUAUUUAUUUGUGCCUUUACGUAACAACUUUAAAGAAAAAGUUGAUGCCCUUACCGUAAUUUGUCAAUUAGUUUUGGAAAAUUCUCUUGCAGUCACUAACUUAAAAGUUACUGAAUAUUUAGGUAAAAAACUCGUUGAGGCUGCUAUUGCUCCAACUAUAGCUAGUAUAUUUGAAGCUGAACCUUUAAUUUAUACAGAUGCAACUAUAGUGACAAGUACUGAAGACAAUACUAUAACAUCCAAAACUAAAAUAAUUACUAAAGAUAUUAGUAAUAAUCUUAUUGAUAAUAAUGCUCACGUUAUUAUUAUUAACAAUGCUUCAAAAUCAUUGUUAGUUAACGCUAAAAAAUCUAUUAAAGAAGGCGGUUUUGUCCUUGUGGAAGAAUCUAGACAAAUAAAUAACGAUACAAUCUUUACCUCUUUAGACUUGGAAAUUAUAAGCAUUCAAUCUACUGAAAGCAAGUCAUAUAUUCUUCUAAGAGUCUCUCAACAGGUAGCUCAAAAUUCUUUAGUUGUUCAAGCAACAGAAAACUCAUUUGCCUGGAUUGAUACUCUUAAAGAGGCUUUAAAAACCAACCUUAAAGUAUAUGUGUAUUCUAUCGGUGAACCUCAAAUAGGCUUGAUUGGAAUGAUUAAUUGUCUAAUUAAAGAAACAAGAAACGUACGUUCAAUAUGUAUAGAGGAUAAAAAUGCACUGCCAUUUACUGUUGAGGCCUAUGAAAAACAAUUAAAACUUGAUUUGGUACAUAAUGUAUUCAAAAAUAAUUCAUGGGGCACUUAUAGGCACUUACCUUUAUUACAUGAUACUCAUCAGCCAAUGAAGCAUGCUUUUAUAACCACCCUCACCCGUGGGGACUUAUCAAGCCUAAAAUGGAUCCAAAGACCUCCGACUUACCAUAACAACGCCAACCAAAUAUGUAACGUACAUUAUUCAUCUUUAAAUUUCAAAGAUAUUAUGCUAGCCACAGGAAAGCUUACCUUGGAAAACGAAACACUUGUCUUAGGCCUGGAAUUUUCUGGAAAAGAUUCCAACGGUCGUAGAAUAAUGGGUAUUCUAUCAACAAGUUGUUUAGCUACAACUGUACAAGUUGAUACUGAUGAAGGAUUUAUUUGGGAAGUUCCUGAUAAAUGGAGCCUUGAAGAAGCCGCAACCAUUCCUAUAGUUUACGGAACUUGUUAUUAUGCUCUUAUAGUUAGAGGAAAAAUGCUGCCAGGUGAAUCAGUACUUGUUCAUGCUGGUGCUGGAGGUGUCGGACAAGCCGCUAUUGCAAUAGCAUUACAUAUGGGUUGCAAAGUGUUCACUACAGUUUCUACUGAAGAGAAAAGAUCAUUUUUAAAGAAAACUUUUCCAGCUUUAAGUGACGAUUCUAUUGGUAGCUCGCGUAACACUAGCUUUGAGCAAAUGGUGCUUACUCAAACCAAUGGGAAAGGAGUUGAUUUAGUAUUGAACUCGCUUGCUGGUGAAUUUUUGCAGGCUUCAAUCAGGUGUCUAGCUAAAGGUGGAAGGUUUUUAGAAAUUGGAAAAGUUGAUGUUGCCAACAAUACCCCUUUAGGCAUGAAAAUCUUCUCAUAUGGCAGAUCUUUUCAUGGUGUUGCAUUAGAUCACUUAUUAAAUAUAUCGAAAACAGAAGAAGUUAAAAGACUUAUGGACGAGGGUAUCAAAUCUGGUGCAGUCCAACCGCUUACACGAACAGUAUUUAAUGAAAAUGAAGUUGAAAAAGCCUUCAGAUUUAUGAGCACUGGGAAACAUAUUGGCAAAAUUUUAAUUAAAAUUAGGGAUGAACUAACUGUUGGUGAAAAAUGUGUCGAUGCUAUUACUUCUAGUUAUAUGGACCCCAAAAAAAGUUAUAUUGUUGUUGGAGGUCUUGGAGGGUUCGGUCUGGAGCUUGCCAAGUGGCUAGUGACAAGAGGAGCUAAGAAUAUCGUUCUAGUAUCUACAAGAGGCAUUACAACUGAGUACCAAGCAUUUUGCAUUAACCGAUUGCGGAAUUUAUGUGUAAAAGUUAUAAUAUCAACCAUUGACGCGAGUACUGCAAAGGGAGCAAGACAACUUUUGAAUGAUGCUAAUGAACUAGCUCCUGUUGGAGGAAUUUUUAAUUUAGCUAUAGUACUGCAAGAUGCUCUAUUUGAAAAUCAAACCAUAUCAUCUUUUGAGGUUGCCUACAAGCCAAAAGCUAAUAUAAGUAAGCAGCUGGACGCUCUAUCAAGAACAUUAGCUCCUACUCUGGAUUAUUUUGUUAGUUUUUCUUCUUUUUCUUGCGGGCGGGGAAAUGCAGGUCAAACAAAUUAUGGCUUAGCCAACUCUACAAUUGAAAGGAUUACAGAAGCUAGGCAAGAAGCUGGUUUGCCUGGAUUAGCCAUUCAAUGGGGUCCAAUUGGUGAAAUUGGUAUUCUUGGAUCGAAUGAUGAUAGCUUGCAAGGAGCUUUGCCCCAAAAAAUGACCUCUUGUCUCGAAACAUUGGACUAUUUCCUCUCACAGCCCCAUCCUGUGGUAGCCAGUAUGGUAGUAGCAGACAAAAACUUCAUUCAAAAAUCAGCGCAAAAAAGCUUGACAGAUGUUGUGGCUAAUAUAUUAGGCAUUAAGGAUUUGAGUACUGUACCUUUUAUACGUACAUUAGUUGACUUGGGUAUAGAUUCACUUAUGGGCACUGAAAUUAAACAAACUCUGGAAAGAAAUUUCGAUUUGACGCUUAGUAUUCCGGAGAUUAGAGCAUUGACGUUCGGAAGGUUACGGGAACUUAGUGAAGGUGGCAUUCAUACACCUCAAAAACAAGUAGUUAUGGAUAAUGUUGAGCAAAUAUUACCGAGCCAAACGCUAAUAAAAUUUAAUACCCAAGAAAAUGGUAAUCAUGGAGGGAAAAGUCCAAUAUUUAUGAUUCAUCCUAUGGAAGGAACUGCUGAUUGCUUCAAGACUUUGGCAGAACAUAUUGAUGCUCCUGUGUAUGGUUUGCAAUGCACCAGAAAUGCUCCACUAGAUAGCAUUAGUAGUUUGGCUCAGUUUUACAUUAUUCAGAUUCAAAAUGUACAACCAAAAGGACCAUAUAAUUUGAUGGGUUAUUCCUAUGGCACUUUGGUACUGAUCGAAAUGGGACUUAUUUUAGAAAAACAGGGAAAAAAGUCCAGACUUUUAUUUUUGGACGGUUCUCCCAACUAUAUGGCAACUCAAUCACGAAUCAUGACGUCAGGAGGCAAACUUGAUUUACAGAACAUUACUUUGUGCGUUUUUAUGCAACGAUUUGGGAGCAAAUUUGAUCAAAAAUCGAUUCUGCAGCAACUAUCCACUCAUAAAACUUUAACAGAAAAAACAUUAAGAGUAGCGAUGCUCCUUGAGGAAUCCACAACUUUUGAUAAACAAGAUAUUAUCGAGGCUGCAAGAUUUUGCGUGCAACGAAUCAUCAUUGGCGAUGAAUACCAACCUGGAGAAAUAUUCAAUGGACCUGUAAUGUUGGUUAAAGCUAAAAAGAGUAUUGUAACACAAAUUGAUGUUGAUUAUGGACUAUCAAAGAUCUGCAGCUUCAAACCAUUGCUCAUAGAGUAUUUGGAUGGCGACCAUGGAAACAUUCUUCUUGAGCAAAAAACUGUUGAAAAAUUUGCAGAUAUUUUGAACCAAUUUUUUAGUUAAUAAGAUUAUUAUGAGGCACAGUACAUUUUCACGAUAUUAGUUUUUUUUUCCGCUUUCAACAGUUAAGAGUUGCGUAAGUGAUAUUUAGUACUGAAGUUUAACUCCCUAAUACAGCUAUAUUUUAAGUAC